ACAACACAACACAACACAAUACGAAUGUGCUGAAUAUAUCUGGAAUAUCCACUUGGAGAACAAGCCCGCUUUAGCUUUUGGAGAGUACAGCUUUUCUACAUACCUUACGAAGACAUAGGAUCCAUUUGAAUAUCCUCAAGAUGGGCAGAAAACGACGCCUCAGUGAAUCGCCCCCAUUACCACCUUUCGAGUACAUGUCACGCAACCGUCGGGCAGUAUUUGGUGAUCCGCCAUCCGCAUAUUUGGCUGCGGUGAUAGAGAGAAAUGAGAGAGCAAGCAGGAAACGAGAGCAAACCAGACUGGAGAAUGAACAGAACCAAGAUGAAGAGGAGUUGCCUAGGAAAAGGCCUGCCCCUGACAGCAGUCAAGUCCAUCCCUACCACACUCCAGCAGCAGACAAUGACUAUCUCGUAUGGUCGGGCAGUGGGACACCAGCCUCGAAUACGUACCCUGUCUCUCGGACUAGUCAUUCGCAAUUUGCCGAUUCAGAAUCUAACGGAGAGUCCCCCGAUCGAAGCGAUAGUACUAGCACAGACCAGACCAACCAUGAUGGAGAGACUGAACUGAGCCAAGAGGAGCAAGAAGACGACAAUUCUGAAGGAUCUGAAGAAGAUUAUGGAAAUGGAGAUGAAGAAUAUCAAGAUUCAGGGAGCAGUGAUAAUAACGCUGAUAUGGGUGACGACGAUAAUAUCAUCACCUGUGGACGCGAUCCGCGGUCACUUGGCGCAACCAUGCAGGAAAAAGAUGAAGAAGACCUUGGCAACCGGCAAGACUGGAAACCGGGCGAUGGAACCGAUAUACUUCUGAGCAGAGAGAUUUAUGCUCCCCAUCCUAUUGAGAUCGACGGUGCCUCCACCACCACCACCAGCUUGUUAUCGGCCGCUUCUAGCGACGCCCUCUCCGCUUGCAAUAAAGAUAUCCGGUGGCAUUCUGCAGACCAGCCCAGUUUUGCUCUUCCAAGCCGUUCUUCUUCUCAUAUGUUUUCUGUUCCUGGCACGAUAUUUGUUGAUCCUAUUGAUUUCGAGGAUGAUGACAUCCGAUCCUUGGCGCACAACUUGGCUGCUAACUGCGCAAGCUGGGGUGUGGAAGGUAAUGACGUUUUGGCAAACGAGAAUAUACCACCAGCUGAAGUAAUUCCCCAGGAUUCAGGCCAUCGACAGAUAGGCCAUCGUUACAGCCCUGUUUCGCAAGGUCAAGGUGUAUUUCAUGCUGGUAGCUCUCAAGCUGUCCAGUUUGCCACUGGUUCUGUGCCCAUAUUAUCCGAGUCACUCUCUGCCGUCGAUCCGAAUUCCCCAAGCCAGGAUGACCUUUUCCGUGAAGAAAAUGAUAAUGGUACCGUGCACUACCCCGACGAGUUCUCCUCCGAGCUUGGCUAUCAGAAUCUGGAUUGGUAGCUCUUUCUUUUAUUGUUUCCCCACUUCGUGGUUAGUUAAAACUUAUCAAAAUUCGUACCUUUUGGGCAAGCAUGCCAUAGGUUUCGAUACUUCCUUAUACCUCUUUCUGGCCGAAUACGUAAUCCUUUGUUUGGUUGUUAUGGGUGGAUAUUUUGCAAGAAACGUUUGUUUGCUCAUACUUUGUCAUAGUUGCACAGGGUUUAUGCUUUUUGCUGCCUCGGAAAUGUCCACAGCAAUAUGUGUACGUUCACUCCAGAGAGCAAACAAAAGUUUUGAAAAAGUUUUCAGUCAACAGAAAAGAAGAAGGAGCAGCAUCUCUGGCCAAACCAACAUUUGAUUAUGCUAUGUCCUGGGGGUCGAUGGAAUAAGCAUUCGAAAGUAGGUGGAGGCGGUCUCGCUUUGAUAAAGGAACUUACUAUUGUUUUUUCACUAUAAUUUAGUUAGCCUCUUAGUUCCACAAUUGAACAAAGGA